UUUUGUUUACAAACAGCAUGAAAUUUUUACAAUUUUUACUUUAAGUUGAGAUUUUUUUAAUAAUUGUAUAUAUUUCACUAAAAUUACUCAAAUUUUUAUACAAAUAUGGAAACUUUAGCAAAUAAAGAUUUAAACGAUAGCAUUACACAAUAUAAAAUAAGAUUAAAGAACAUAUUACAACGUUUGCAAUGGACAGAGGACAAGGUAUUGAAGAAUUUUAAUACGAAUUCCGUGGCUUCUAAGCAGAAGGAAAUUAAAAAGCCUCAAUCUCCAUUAAUAGCUACCUACCCUGAAAGCUGCAUCACCAAUAAUUCUCUUGUUUUAGAAAAUACCCAACUUCAAGAGCUUCUGCAAAAUAAUGAAGUAGAAGCUCCCCGUAACUUUAGGGAAUUUCAGGCUAACUUCUCCCGCGAACAAAAACUCAAAAUCUAUGAACAUGUUAUAGAAAAUACGGAAAAAUUGGCAAACAAUACUGAGACGAAAGUCGAUGAAGGUGAAAUUUCAUUAGCCGAUAUUUUGGCUCAAAAGAAACGCGAUGACAAGCGCAAAAAACGUAGAUUUCGUAAAAGUAAACCUACACACAUUGAAGAAGUGAGAUGUUUGGUGGAUUUACAAAUGCAAGCGCUACAGCAGUUUUUAGGUAAUAAGAUAAAAAAGGAAGUAGAUGGCACAGAAAAGGGAGACGACGGUGACAAACAUGAAUAUCGAAAUUAUGAAAGAGAUUAUUACACAAAAGUAAACCAGCGAGACAGUGACAAACACAAACAUCGAAAUUAUGAAAGUUACAAAGAAGUAGAUUAUUCCACUAAAGUAAAUCGUAAUGAAGAACGUGGACCUUAUGACUAUAAAUAUAAAAUAGAUCCAUACAAUGGAAGAUUUAGAGAACAAAUAAAAAGGCAGGAAUGGCUGAGAGAUAAUGUCGGAAGACGCCCUAGGAGUCGUAGCAAAGAACGUGAAUAUUAUUCAAGUAGUCUCAACAAAGUUUCAAAUGAAAGGAGAAGACAUAGUCGGAGUCGCAGUAAAGAUAUUUCUUAUGACAGAAAAGAAAGAAGUAGCAAUAAAGACAACUUUUAUGAAAGACGAAAACCUAGCAGAAGUCGUAGUAAAGAUCGAAGCAGAUAUGAAAUAAGUCAUAGUAGUGAUAAAACCAGAUCAGAAAGAAGUCAUAAUAGAGAUAACGUCCACAGAGAAUCGAAACAUAAUAGAAGUCAUAGCAAAGAUAAGAAAAAGAAAAGAAGAAAUCACAGCAGAAGUCCUAGUAAUGAAAAAUCCAAUGAAAAGAGAAAACGUAGAAGUAGAAGUCGAGAAAGAAGAAAACACCGAAGCAGAAGUAAAAGUUAUGAACAAUUGUUACAAAAAUAUUCGAAAAGAAGAGAUCAUGAAAACAGUAAAGAAAAAUCGUAUUAUCAGGAACAAUAUUAUAGAAAACAGUAGUUAAUAUCUCAAUGCCAGAGAAACUAAAACACCCUUCAAGAAGAAACAGAGAAAAACUAGAAUUAUGAGUUUUUGAGCUUAAAAACUCCAAUUGCCAAUGGUCAAAGCACAAAAUAAGUGAAUUUUACAGUGCUUCAAUAAAAGCGUAAAAAGAA